GAUGGCGGCGUCAAGUGGGGCAGGCGCUGGUGGAGGUGGUGGAGAGGCAGGUGGCAGGGGCGAUCCCGGCGGAGCGGCGGUCCCGGCAGCUGGAUCCCCGCGUCGGGGCGUGACUGUCAUCCCGAAAGGCGGAGCUCAGGAUUCUGAAAGCCUAAGACUGCUUCCUUUAUAAUUAAGAGAACUUUGACAAGACGUUCAUACUCUGGGGAGGCUUUGGAGGAACCAUGUAAAGUUCCUGACAGAGAGAGCACGGGAGGGUCAGAGAGGGAGAGGGAGACACAGAAUCCGAAGCAGGCUCCAGGCUCUGAGCUGUCAGCACAGAGCCCGACGUGAAGCUCGAACUCAUGAACUGCGAGAUCAUGACCUGAGCCGAAGUCGGAGGCUUAACUGACUGAGCCAUCCAGUUUUCAUACUUUUCUUCCAUAAGCUGGCGUCAUGACCCUCACAAAAGGUUCCUUCACCUACUCUAGUGGGGAGGAAUAUCGCGGCGAGUGGAAGGAAGGUCGCAGACAUGGUUUUGGUCAACUGAUGUUUGCAGAUGGCGGCACCUACCUGGGUCAUUUUGAGAAUGGGCUCUUCAAUGGCUUCGGGGUACUGACCUUCUCAGAUGGCUCAAGGUACGAGGGGGAGUUCGCCCAGGGCAAGUUUAACGGCGUUGGAGUCUUCAUUCGACAUGACAACAUGACAUUUGAAGGGGAAUUUAAAAAUGGCAGAGUGGAUGGUUUUGGCCUGCUGACUUUCCCCGAUGGUUCUCAUGGAAUACCUCGCAACGAAGGCCUGUUUGAGAAUAACAAGCUGCUGCGGCGUGAGAAGUGUUCCGCAGUCGUGCAGCGGGCCCAGAGCGCCUCCAAGUCCGCCAGAAAUCUCACUGCCUGACGGGGCGUCGUGCGCCAGCUGACAAGUACUGGGUAAAGCAAAGGCCCCGUUACUCACUCAAGGUGAACAGAUGUACCGGCUGUGAGAGGACAUGAGGAUGCCCGCAGAGAGCAAAAGCCUUGGGACGCCCCCACACCCGCCAGGCAGGGAUUCCAUCACAGAAUUCUGAGGACUCGGGCCCCGCUGCCCACAGCAGGGUCACCAGUUCUCUUUCCUUCUCUCACUUGUUGGUAUUCUGUGUCCCUAACACCUUGGGUUGCCCAGUGCAGACCUGCCUCUCCUUGAUUUCCUGCCAAGUGGGGCAGAGCCUCUUCGUUCCGCCUGUAUUUGGGGCAGUUGAUCCCAGCCCCAAAUUAGGGCUAAUGCUUUGUGCCCCCCCGAAGAAACAGGGAGAGAGGCAGGGGUGGCUUAGAUAGUUCAGCAGUCCUGUGAAAGCCACGGCCAGAGCUUUUCUGCGUGUCCCCCCGCCGCCUCCCCAUUUGCUGCUGGUCGACUUCAUGGCUCCAGGCCUCCCCCUUUGUCCUACCAGACUGCUAUUUGUGUCUGCUUAUUCCCCCUGUGAAGGGUUUGGUAAGAGUGCUGUUUCCCUGUCCCUUGACUUUAUAAGCUGUCUUCCUUACCUGAGUUCCAGCAGCUAAUCUGUUCCCUUUUUUGUGCCUCUCCUUUCUUAGACGGGACAGGAUCCCUUCUGGGAAUAGUCAAGACACUGAUGUAAAGAGUCACCUUAGGACUUGUACUUUUUAGUUACUCCAGGGUGAAGGGCAGACAUCCCUGGCCCAUUGAGGCCCUAUCACGGAGUAAUUGAAUCCUUAGGGAUGGCUUGGGCUGACACAGCCCCUUCCCAGUGGACUAGGAGGUCAGACCCACCGCAACCCCUUGGGGUUUGGGUAGAAUUGGACCCAUUCUAGGACUGCAGUGAACCAAAAGAGAAUUUGGCUCCCUGCAUUUGGUCCACUGUUUACUCUUCCACCAUGAGCUUGGCCAUCAGGCCUGGGAGGUCAGAUCUUGACCGAUAGGAUCCCUAUGUAGUUCAUCAUGGAGGCCCCCCAAUUAUCCUGUGACCCAGACACGCCCAGCCCACUCCCAGCCCCUUAUCCUCACACUGAAUGUCUCCUCAACAGCAGACUGUGGUGGAAAUUAUAGCCGUGUGCCUCCAUGUAUUCUCUGAGUCGUACUGUAGGAACAAGUGUUUAUGAGGAAUAAACAAAUCACCAGAA